AUGGUAAACCGCGGAAAGCCAUCGCUUGGCUGUUUCACCUGUAAAGACAGUCGAGUAAAGUGCGAUCUUCAAAAACCCUCCUGCAAACGCUGCCUGCGCCUAACUGGGCGCUGUUCAGGUUAUCCCUCCUCCUGGGAACUGGUGCACCGUCAGCAGAAUGCCCUCGUUGCGCAACAGGUCCAAGCCAGAGUCGACAAGCAGAGAAGGAGGCGAGACCUCAACGAGGUGUCUCCCCCCCAGCCAUCGCUUGGAAGCCCCUUUACAGUGUGCAACGUGUUCAAGCUCUACGAUGACUACUUCCUGAACUCGGGUAUGGGCAUCUUUGAAGCCCUGCCGGUUCUCGGCUCGGGGAAACACGCCCCCUGUUUCUCCCAUGCACUCAACGCCGCGGCUCUAGCCAGCGGGUCAGGGCAGCUACAUCAGUCAGAUGCCCUGAUCCGGGCGAGGCAGUCUUACGGAGACGCCAUCCUGAUGUUGAGGCGGUCAAUGCAGGACUUGACGAUAGGUGGUGAUGAUUCUAUCCUAGCGACCCUCUUUGUGCUCGGUUUCUUUGAGGUCUUGGUUCAGCAAUUGCCUCGUGCAGAAGUACAGGGAAUUGCUGACACCCCCGUCAAGAUCAUGGACAUCUUUUCCAAAAAAGCAGACCCUGCGUCAUUAAGAGCCGAAUUCGAAGGCCCGUGGAUAGCCUGGCCGGGAUUCUACCCCGUUGACCCAAUUGUUCAAACGUCAGUCGAUCUGCUGGCCGAAAUCGAGAGUACAGUGGGAUUGAAUCACUCCAAAACGCACAUUAUCAAUGUGGCCGACCAAGUUCGGCGCGUCUUGGGAAGUCUUGAUCUUGUAGUUUCUCAAGUAUCGCCCGAUACUAGCUCUCCUGCGUACUUCAACGGACUUUUGAGAAAUGACUCUGCUACCUCGGCCGCUAUCGCUAAGAGUCUCUACCUUACUGUGCGGUUACACCUCGUCAAUGCACUUCUACGAUCUUUCGACGCCCUGAUUCACGUCGCGGAAGCCGACGAUGAUCUCCAGUCCCGGAUUCCUGAGUGGCUAGUCAUCCAACAGGAAGCUGGACUACGCACACUCUGGGAGGAGGUCACGGCUGCGCUGGCACCUAGUGAACAAGCCACCGAGGCCAAGAAUGCAUCUGGGACUGCAUCCCGCAUGUUUUGCCUGUCAUGGCCUAUGGCGGCUAUAUCACAAUCAACUAUGGCCAGUGAACAGUGUAAACGUAGAGUGUGGGAACUAAUUGAUAAGCACAGUGGGCAAUAG